AUGCUGUCCCUGUUGCUGCUGCCCCUGCUGUGGAGGGGGUCCCUGCAAGAAACUCCAGGGUACAGGCUGGAAGUGCCCAAGUCGGUGACGGUGCAGGAGGGCCUGUGCGUCUUUGUGCCCUGCUCCUUCUUCUACCCCCAGAAGUACCGGCAUUCUUAUGGCCAACUCUAUGGCUACUGGUUCCUGGAUGGGGAGAACUCAUACUAUCGUGCUGCUGUGGCCACAAACAACCCAGACAAAGCAGUGAAGACAGAGACCCGGGGCCGAUUCCGCCUCCUUGGGGACAUAGGGACCAAUAACUGCUCCCUGGGCAUCAAAAACGCCAGGAUGACAGACUCAGGAAGCUACUACUUUCAAAUGGAAAAAGGACAGAAUUUCCAAUAUAAAGAUAAUAAAUUGAAUUUGCAGGUGACAGCCCUGACAGAGAAACCUGACAUUCAAUUCCCGGAGCCUCUGGAGUCCAGCCGCCCCACAGAGCUGAGCUGUAGCUUGGCAGGAUCCUGCAAAGGGGGUCAACCUCUCACCUUCUCCUGGACGGGACAGGCCCUUGACUCCCUAGAUGCCGAGAUCCUCCACUCCUCAGUGCUCACCCUCAUCCCGCGGCCCCAGGACCACAAUACCAACCUCACCUGUCAGGUGAAACUCCAAGGAGCUCAGGUGACCACGGAGAGAACUGUCCUGCUCAAUGUCUCCU